GGCAGUCUCUCUCCAACCGUCGUAGCGGGUGCACGCAACCUCUCCCCAACAGCCACACUGACACGCUCUCCCACACCCACCACAUACACUGCUGCCAACCACUCCCACCAUUGCUAUACCAUCCCCCACACCUUCAAAAUGUAAAAGAACAAAACAAGAAUCUAAAAUAUUAUUGAUAAAAUAGUGUAGAGAGUGAGUUUGAUAACUAAGAGAGCCGCCGGUGUGUGAGUUGGGUCACUGUUGACAUGCUGUUGGGCUGGACUCUCGCCCUCCUUGCACUCAAGUGUCACGUGGUGGGAGCGGUUAACGGCUCGGAUUCUGCAGGCAGCCCUGGGAACCUUCUGAGAGGAGUAACAGUGCCCCAGUACGCCUUCGCUGGGGGCCAGGCCACACUCAGCUGCUCCUACGACCUGAGAGCCACCCGCCUCUACUCCCUCAAGUGGUACCAUAACAGUACAGAGUUCUACCGGUACGUCCCCACCGAGAGGAACGCCCCCAUCAACAUCAAGCCUACUCAUAAGUUCUCCGUCACCGAGCUGUUCCGUAACGACCAGAGGGUGACGCUCUCCUUGACCCGGCUCUCUGUCUCAGCCUCGGGUCACUACCGCUGUGAGGUCAUUGCUGAGAGUCCCAGCUUCCGCACCGAGUGGUACAGGGCCACCAUGACCGUCCUGCGAGAACCACUCUCCGCCCCGGUGCUGGUGGGAGCGAGAGAGGAAUACGAACCCACAGAACUUAUCAAGAUCGGAUGCCAGCCUCGUCGUCCCUUCCACGGUAACCUCCAGCCCUCCCUCCAGUGGUACCUGCAGGGUACACAGGUGGAGCCCGACUGGGUGUCGGCGUACGGGACCUCUCUACAUGGUGGACCUUCAGGCCUCUCCUUACACGUCCCUGGUGAGCAGGUAUCAGCAGCUGGGGGCCAGGUGGUGGCCGAGUGUCGCCUGACGUUGGGGCCGCACCAGCUCAGCACCAACACCACCAUCAAGGUCAAGCUCAGAGCCGCCUCCUACCUCCACAACCUCCACGCCGCAGGAUCCCAGAGGGCGGUCACCAACAGCGGGUUCUCCGCCGUACUGACCUCUGCCUCUUGGCUGUCGAAGUCCUCACUCUUCCUGACAUCUGGCGCCGCUUGGGUGACAUCUUUCUCCUGGCUGACGAGGUCCUCAGUCUUGCUGACGCCCGAAGGAACACUCCUGAUGUCUGGUGCUGUUCUCCUGACAUCCUGUGCCGCCCAACUGGUCUCCAGUCCUUGGCUGACGGCCAAUACUCUACUCCCACUGUUUUACCCACAGUAACUUCCUGUUGUAGACAAUUAGGCCCCCCUUCCCUCGUGUCUUCUGUAAGGCGGAGAUUUGUCAGCUGGCGCCUCAUAGCUGUAGCAGUGAUGUGGCAAAAUACAGAAGUAUGUGAUCAUUCACAUACUUCACAUACAAUGUGGUCAUUCCACAUGACAAUGUGGUGCAGUGUGUGGCUCUGUGGUGGGCUGUGUUGCUGCGUGAAUGAGAGGUGUGAUAGUAUAGUGAGCAUCUUGUGGAAUGAUAUGAUGAUGUGUGUUGCAGUAUAAUGAAAUGGUGGGGGUGAUAGUAUAAUGGACUGGUGUGGUAGUAUAAUAUGGGUUAGUGGUGUGGUAGUAUAGUGAUGGGCAUUGUAGAAUGGUGUGGUAACAUAAUAUGACUUGUGUGGUGAAGUGUGUGGUAGUAUAAUGAUAUAACAUUGUGGUGGAAUGUGACAGUAUAAUAACAUGGCAUUGUAGUGGAGUGUGUGGGAGUAUUAAAUAACACCGGAGAAUUGCCAGAGGUAUAAAAAACAGCCAAUAUAGUUCCUAUAUACAAAAAUAGGCUACUGAGUAUCACUCAUUAAUAUUCCAUGUAAGGUUCUUGUCAUAAUAACCAAAAGAAAACUUACAGAGUAUAUAAAAAAUGACACCAUUUGUUAACACCACCAUAGUCAUAUCUGUAAAACAUUCUGUAGGUUUGCAGCAAGACCACAGCCCUAAAACAGAAAAGGGGAGGGAUAGGCAGAAUGCAUCUUCCUAGACUGUCAGAAGGAAUUUGACAUGGUCCCACACAUUAGACUAUUACAGAAACUGAGAGAGAUAAGCUAGAAUAACUUUGAGGAUAUAUAGAUGGAUAUGAGAGCAUCUCUCGGAUCGGAAGCACAGGAUCACAGAGUGCCACAAGUGUCAAUAUUAAGUCCUUUUACACCACUAAGAUGUGCCAUGAGGCCACACCACUGGGAUGUGUUAUAAUGAAGCACCACUAAGACACAUUACACGCCUUUAUAAGGUCCAGGACGGACCGAAACGUCGUCGUUUCUUCAUUUUCAGAUGUGUGGGAUGGGUAUCAACCCUUCAGCCACGUUGCUGUGAUUCAUCGUCUUCAUGUGUCAUAAGGCCACAACACCAUGACAUGUCAUCAGGUCACACUGUUAAGGUAUACACCAUCAUGUCAUUCCACUAAGAUAUGCUGUAAGGUCCCACUACUAAGAUGUACUGUAAGGUUUGUCACACCACUUCAAGACGUCUUAAAGCCACAUCACUGCAUAAUGUUCUGUCACCUUAAUUACCAAGAAGGCAGUGUAACCAAAGAAGCAAUCCUCUUUUAAAGUGGUGUUCAACUCAUUACCAACAAUACACAUAACCUUUGCUAAACAUUAGCUAAAAUUAAACAAAUUUGGGCCAUAUGUAAAUGUAGCAUUCUAAUUUUUGAGGUAUUGACAAUAAUAGAAUUUUUGAGCUGCAAACAAUGACACCAAAAUAUUUACAAACUAUUGAUAUAUUUUGUAAUACAUGCUCUUUCCUGUGUAUCCCAGAUGUAUAAUAGCAGCGCAUAGAUGUGUAUGAUUUGCGUAUGAAAUAUAUGUCAUGUAUAACAUUAGACUUUCUCUCCACCAUGUUAAAUAAUGUAUAGAAGAUGAAGAUUAUGUUUGUAUAGUGAAAAGUAAUCACAAUAAAUUGUUUUAAGUUUAACGAUCCUUACUUCACCAUGUGCUAUGUUUUCCCGAUACAUAUAGUUAAAUCUUGUUACAGACAGGUUCUUUGGUAAUUGUCCUUCAUAUGACAAGUUGAAAUUAAAAUUUCGCUUAG